CGAACGGCGGGGCGGGGGCGGGGGCGCGGGGAGGCCGCGGGGCCAGGGCGGGGGCGCGCGAGCUCGGCGCCGGGUCGGCGGGAGCGGGCCAGUGGCGCUGGGUCCUCCGGGCCCGGAUCGUGGAAAGGGGCCGUGGGGCCCCGCGUCCGGGGUGCUGUCGCUUCCCACAGGCGCCUCGUUAAUGCCGAAGUCUCCUGUCUGCGCGGUAGGUCUGGCGACUUGAGGCUGCAGGGUGCAUCUCUAGCGGAGAGGCUUGCGACAAAGCAGGAGCAGGAAAAUAGCCUGGAUUUGUGAAGGCCUUUUUCAAGGCUGGUCACUUCUGCAGGAAAGGAAAGGAAGAAGACACUGGCUCAAAUUUCUGAAGGGUGGCCUGCUGUCUGCUAUAGGGCUUAAUAUCACUGGAACAAGGCAAGGAGGGGGAAUUGCCCCACAUCAGUGCAGAUCCACCUCCAGUGGCAGCUCUGGUGGUGUUGGAAUUGCUGCUGACUACCGUCCUCCAGAGGUCUGCACCCACCUGGGAACCAUCCAUCCUCCCCCAGCUUGGUUGUGCUUCUGCUGCACUGUCUGUAAUAUUGGCUGAGGCUGGGCUUGAGGAGGAGGCUGGUUGACGGCUGGACUGGCUUGACUCUAACUCAUUUCCUACUGUAUCAUCUCCUGAAUCGCUGAAGGAUCAGAGUGUGAAGAUACAAAACUCACAGAUCUGUGGUAGAGGCUGAGACUGGGGUAGGAGUAUUUAACUGAGCCUUCUCUGUAACUUGUACUAUGACUGGGGCCGAGAUUGAGCCUGGUGCCCAGGCCAAGCCUGGAAAGAAGGCUGGAGAAGAGGUUGGGGGUGGGCCUGAGAGAGAGAAUGAAGUCCCGCUGGUGGUCAGACCCAAAGUUAGGACCCAGGCCCAGGUGAUGCCUGGGGCCAGGCCCAAAACUGAGUCCAAGGUUAUGUCUGGGGCCAGGCCCAAAACUGAGUCCCAGGCGGUGGCUGGGGCUAGGCCCAAAACUGAUUGCCAGGCAAUGGCUGGGGCCAGACCCAAAACUGAGUCCCAGACAGUGGCUGGGGCCAGGCCCAAAACUGAUUGCCAGGCAAUGGCUGGGGCCAGACCCAGAACUGAGUCCCAGGCAAUGGCUGGAGCAAGGCCCAAAACUGAGGCCAGGGCAGUAGGCGGGGCACGUCCUAAGACUGAGGCCAAGGCAGUCCCUGGGUCAAGGCCCAAGGAUGAAGCCCAGGCGUGGGCCCAGACUGAGUUUGUGGCUGAGGCAAUGUCACAAGCAGAAGGCAUGUCCCAGACCCAUGCUGUAGCUUGGCCACUGGUUGGUACUGAGUCUGGGUCAGUAGUUAAACCUAUGGCCCUGUCUGUGGACAGGGAGCUGGUCAAUGUGGACAGUGAGACUUUUCCUGGCUCCCAGGUUCAGACAGGAAUCCAACCCUGGUUUGCAUCAGGGGAAGAAACUAAUAUGGGGUCUUGGUGCUAUCCAAGGCCCAGGGCUAGAGAGGAGGCCUCUAAUGAGUCUGGAUUCUGGUCAGCAGAUGAAACAUCUACGAUGUCUUCUUUCUGGGCUGGAGAAGAGGCCAGUAUCAGAUCAUGGCCCAGAGAAGAGGCUAAUACCAGGUCCAGGCACAGGGCUAAACAUCAGCCUAACCCCAGGUCCAGGCCCAGGUCCAAGCAAGAUCCCUAUAUUGAUUCCUGGUCUGGAUCUGAGGAGGAGUCUGGCAACCCCUUCUGCUUGUGGGCUGGAGAAAAUACCAGUAACUUGUUCAGGCCCAGAGUCAGGGAUGAGGCAAAUAUCAGGUCCAAGCUCAGGACAAAGAGAGAGGACUUCUUUGAAUCUGAGUCUGAAGACGAGUACUAUAAGGAGUCCUGGUUUUUGCCUGGAGAAGAGGCCAGUAGUAGAUUCAGGCCCAGAGACAAGGAGGAGCCUCAUACUGUCUUAAAGCCCCGGGUCCAGAAAGAUGUUAAUAACAGUGAUAAGGUCAAACAAGAGCCCAGGUUUGAGGAGGAAGUCAUUAUUGGGUCCUGGUUCUGGGCAGAGAAAGAGGCCGGUAUGGAAGCUGGGGCUUCGGCCAUCUGUGAAUCCAGGCCAGGGGCUGAGGAGGGGGCCAUUGGCGGAUCCUUGUUCUGGACUGAGGAAAAGUCCAGUUUAGGGGCUGUGGCCAGAGAAGAGGCCAGGCCAGAGUCUGAAGAAGAGGCCAUAUUUGGGUCCUGGUUCUGGGACAGGGAUGAGGCCUGCUUUGACCUAAAUCCCAGUCCUGUGUACAGGGCUAAUUCCAGGUUCAGAGAUUCAGUUGAGGAGGAAGUUAAUGUAUCAUCCAGACCCCAAACCUGGGAAGAGGUCACUGUUGAAUUCAAACCUGGUCCUUGUCAUGUGGUUGGCUUCCCAUCUCCAAGCUCCUUUAGAAUUUCUGAUGAAGCAGCAUCUGUAUUCUCUGAAAUGUUUGAGGGAAAGCCCAAGAAUGUGGAACUUACCCCAGAAGGGGAAGAGCAGGAGUCUCUGCUUCAGUCUGAUCAGCCUGAGUCUGAGUUCCCAUUUCAGUAUGAUCCGUCCUACCGGUCAGUCAGGGAAAUUCGGGAGCAUCUUAGGGCCAGGGAGAGUGCAGAGCCUGAGACUUGGUCCUGCAGCUGCAUACAGUGUGAGCUUAAAAUUGGUACUGCAGAGUUUGAAGAACUCCUUCUAUUAAUGGACAAAAUUCGAGAUCCUUUUAUUCAUGAAAUAUCUAAAAUUGCAAUGGGUAUGAGAAGUGCUUCUCAAUUUACCCGAGAUUUCAUUCGGGAUUCAGGUGUUGUCUCGCUUAUUGAAACCUUGCUCAAUUAUCCCUCGUCCCGAGUUAGGACAAGUUUUUUGGAAAAUAUGAUUCACAUGGCUCCACCUUAUCCAAAUCUAAACAUGAUUGAGACGUUUGUAUGUCAAGUGUGUGAGGAGACCCUUGCUCAUAGCGUGGGUUCCCCUGAGCAGCUGCUUGGAUUAAAGAUGCUUAGACACCUCACUUCAACUACUGACUACCACACGCUGGUUGCCAAUUAUAUGUCUGGGUUUCUCUCCUUACUAACCACAGGCAAUGCAAGAACAAAGUUUCACGUUCUGAAAAUGCUAUUGAAUUUGUCUGGAAAUGCUAUGGUGGCAAAAAAACUAUUCAGUGCCAAAGCUCUAUCGAUAUUUGUGGCUCUCUUUAACGUAGAAGAGACAAAUGAUAAUAUUCAAAUUGUUAUUAAAAUGUUUCAGAAUAUCAGUAAUAUUAUAAAAAAUGGAACAAUGGCUUUAAUUGAUGAUGAUUUCAGUCUUGAGCCGCUUAUUUCUGCAUUCCAUGAAUUUGAGAAGUUAGCUAAGGAACUACAAGUCCAAAUAGACAAUCAGAAAGAUCCUGAGGUGGGACAACAAAGCUAAUGUGAUUAACCACCUGCCUCUGAUCAGCCUUAUGUUCCCAAAGAACCCUGAGUAGUGUUUUGGUCUUCACAGUCUGGUUUUAUGUGUAACAGAUUUUUAAUUCUGAUGUUAACUUUGUCCAGUCCUUGCUUCGAGCUGGAUUAUUUCGUGGAUGCCAAAUGAAUAUUAAAGCUGAAAACACAUUUGUUGAUAUUUGUCUUGCUGUCCAGAUUGCAGUAUUUUUUCAGUAUUGAGCUUCCGAUGAACUGAGUCGCCUAUGUAAGCUAUCCUGCUCUUCGUUGUUUAAACAUAUGGUUCUCUAUUCGAGUCUGUGUUUUCAAUAAAGUUCUAUGUGAAAACUGGCA